AUGUCUGGCAUGCUCGGCAACGUCUACAACGCGGUCCUCCGCAGCAACACUACCAUGUUGUUCGCCGUCUUUGGCUCCGCCUUCGGUCUGCAACUCGCAUUCGACACAGGCUCCGAGAAGAUCUGGGACAGCAUCAACCGCGGCCGUCAAUGGAAGGACAUCAAGCAGCGAUACAUGGAGGCCGCCGAGGACGACGAGUAG